AUUGUGAAGUCCGUGGGUCCGCGGGAGCUGGGCUGUGAGGCGCUGCCGGGGCUGCGGGGCUGCCCUCCUGCUAGUCCAGCGCGGGCGCCGAAGCUCACUGCCCACAGCCAGGAUGCUCCUCAGCUUCCGCAGGAACCGCCGGAACCAGUUCAAUCACAUCAUCCAUGGCUUCCUCCCAGCAGCCAGCAUUGCUCCGAAGCCCGCUGUGCCACGCACACCUCCUCCCCGGAGCCCCAACCCGUCUCCAGAGAGACCCAGGUCUGCUCUGGCUGCAGUCAUCCUGGCGACCACGUUGACUGGACGGACAGUGGCCAUUCCCCAGCCUCGCCAGAGAUCCCAGUCUGAGAGUGACGCCUCCUGCAUUGAAAAGGACAGCUUCAUCGAGCCCUAUGCCACCACCUCAGAGCUGAGGCCUCGGCAAAGCUGGCAGAAUGAGCCGGGAAGAACUUCCUUACCGCCCUUCGAGACUUUAGGCUACGGGGAGGACGGGGAUGCUGAAACGCAGGUGUCAACCAGCUGCAGGGAGUCAGAGUCCAGCACCUGGAAGGAUAUGGGAGGUGGCAGAGAUGCUGCCUAUGCUGUGCCUCACAGGAAUCAGGGGCUGUUGUCACAGAAGAUGGUGAGAGAAGAUGAUGUUUCUGAGCAAGAUGGGCUUUCACACUCUUCCUCCUCUUCCUCCUCCCUCACACCACAGCACGCACAACAGAAAGAUGGUAAAUACUCUGUUCUGAAUCUAGAGGAUGAGAAAGUGCCAUUACGUGGAAAACCUCCUCCCUCUCCAGAUGUAGCCGGUAGAGUACAUCAGAGAUACACAGAAAUGACCAAAGAAAAGUUUGAGGAGUUAAAAGAAGAAACCGUGCAUCUCCACGCUGCAAACCAGUCCCUCAGCCUGGAACUGAGCGCCGUGAGACAAGCAAUGAGGGAGUUACAGCUGCAGCUUAGGAGAGCGGGGAAAGACAGCCGGAGGCUGAAGGAGGCAGAAAAGGCGCCCCCUCAGGAAGUAGCCACACCCGAAUUACUUUGCCUAAGGAAGCAAAGCCAAGACCUGCUGGAUGAAAACAGGGGGUUGAAGAUGAUUGUCCAUCGUCUGAAUGUAGAACUCAGCCGCUACCAAACAAAAUUCAGGCAUUUAUCUGAGGAAGAGUGUUCCCAAAUCGAAGGCCUCCCAUCAAAGGGCCCCACACCCCCCUGGUUGCUGGAUAUAAAGUACCUCUCCCCACUGCUGCUGGCUUAUGAAGACAGAAUGAAGGAGAAGGACAGACUCUACACCACGCUGGAGGAGGAAAUGAAAACCUUUAGGCUGCGAGUCCAGGAAGUGGUGAGAGAAAAUGAAGACUUGCAUCAGCAGUUAAAUCAGAGGAGCCCCGUCACCAUCGAGGAAUGGAAGCAGCUUCAGGCUCAAGCAGAGCUGGUUCUAGAUGAGAACAAGCUGUUGAUAGAGCAGUUGGAGAUUCAGCAAACAAAAGCCAGGGACACCCACCAGGAGCACCUCCAAGAAGUUUCUAAGCUGACUAAACAGCUUGUGCUCCUGGAGGCCAAGACCCAGAGCCAGGAGCAGCAGCUGGUGGAGAGCAAGGAGCAGCUGGGGAGCUUACAGGCCAGAUGCCAGGAACUCAAUACACAGCUGGACAGCAAGAUCGCCGUAGACGUUCAUACGUCGAUUGUCAAUGAACUAAAAAGCCAGUUGCGAAAGGAAGAAGAGAAAGACAGUGCUGAGAUGGAGGAGCUGCUGGAAAAGCUGACAGCCCUACAGGUGCAGAAGAAGAGCCUGCUUCUGCAGAAAAGCAGCUGGGUCAGCAGAAACAGAGCACUCGAGGCUGAGCUAGAGCGCAUGCGCAAGACAAACAGGCAAUACCAAAAGAAAAUUGAUGUCCUCAGAAAGCAGGUGGAAAAGGCCAUGGGGAAGGAGAUGUCUGCUCAUCAGUACCUGGCACACCUGGUGGGCUUGGCAGAGAAUGUCACCAAGGAACGAGACAGUCUUAAGUAUCUGGCUCAGUGUUUAGAGAGUGAGAAGCACGGAGUCCUCAACAAAAUCCUGAAAGGCAACAUUCGCCUGGGAAAGCUGGAGGAGAGGGUGAAGGAGUACAAGAAGCAGGCAGCAUUGAAGCUGGGUGACAUCCAUCAUCGCCUGGCGGAGCAGCAGGAGGACUUCGCUGGCAAAGCAGCUCAGUACCAGAAGGAGAUGAGGUACCUGCAUCGGAUGCUGCAGGAAAAGCAAGAGGUCCUGGACGAGGCACUGCAGCAGAAAAGAGAAAUGGAAGGUGAGCUUGAAAUGGUUCUGGAGUCCACUGCCAAGGAAAACCUCCGGAUGCGAGGCCUUCUCCAGGCCACCCUGGAGAGGGGAGGCACACAGCGCACCAGAGCUCAUGAGGACACUUGCCUCGGUGGCAUCACUCAGGGGGACCUGCUGGUUGGCCACGAUUUCAGCUAUGGUGAUGUGCAGCCUCCUCCUGCCACUGCCCGCCAGGGUCUGGGGGACUCUGUGGCAUAGGCCUCCUCUUCUGAGGUGGACUUCCUCCAAACUGGACUUUACACCCCUGUCCCAAAUCGAAGACAGCACAGCAAGUCCCAGACUGGCAGUGGCUUGUCUGCGGGAACACCACCCAGAGAAUGGCUUCCUCCAGACAUCCCAGACAUCCCCAGGACGCAUCGGGACCAGACAGCGGCUGCAGGUGGUGCAGUCCCUGCACGCUGCCCGCCUUCCUACUGGGUCAUAGGAGACGGCCCACAGCACACAGCGCGGCAGACAGCCUGCAGGACAGGAGAGAUCACAGGUUCUUCAUGGAGGAGCUGGGGUGCCUGGCUCUGAAGACCCACUCAGGGUCAGCAGGGCGUUUUGUGGAGAUCAGCUGGGAGAGGACACUGACGGGAGCUGGGACCCUGGCAGGGACCUUGUCCAUUGAUCCCUGUGAUCUCGUCUGAACAGGAAACCAUGCUGGCAUUUCUGGGUCCUGGUGCACUAUGUAGAUGGGAAGAUGGCCUCAGCUUCCACAGUGACCCACGCAGAAGAGUGUGGGGAUCAGAAGUGACAUCAUAGCCGCUCACUUCAGCUAACAAAGAAGUGGUGCAGCCUAUUUCCUGUUGAUUUCUCUCGCAGUCAGAAAAGGGCGUUCUCUGGCCGUCAUGAUUUGGAUCCCAAAAUGUCUAUUAAAGGCGUAUGCAGGCAAAAACCCAUGCACAUAAAUUAUAUAUAUAAUAUAUGACAUGUCUAUAUUAACAAAGUGAUGGCAGUGUCCCCAGCUGGCGUCAAGGGGGUUCCCGGCUGCUUCUCCCCUCCCCCACUGACUGCCUUACAAUGACUUACUGAGAGUCUUUGGUCCUGUGAGACUUCACACAGUUCCUGGACUCUUCCAGGUGCUUCAGGACGGAAUUCAGAAUCUAAGUGAACACACCAUGCCUACCAUGCCUACAUCUUAUUCCUACUUUACGUUUCUUGUGCCCAACUGUUAAUCCCCCCAGGUGAGAAUAAGACCACUACCUCAAUUUUUGAGAUAAUUUGAAGCAAGCUUGAUUUUUAUGGCCUAAGAGCCGGCCAGCAACUGCCUCCCAAGUCAGGUUAGAGAGAGGGCAGCCCAUUUCUUCUGUGUAAGCCCUGGCUGUUAGAAUUCCUAGCCACCCCACCCCACCCCCCACCCCCACCCCCCUCCGCUGCAUGACCUUAAGUGUCCUGGCAAGAUGCUUAGUCAUCCCAGGCCUCACGUCCUACGUAAUCCCUGUACUGCGUGAUCAUGUAAUUUGCGUGCAGUGUGAUCACGUAAGCUAUGCCCAUGUAUGGCGUAGCUACAUAAGCCCAUAUGUGCAUUGGGGGGGGGAAACCUAUAAAAGCAGGUUCCACUUAUCUCUCCCCCCUCUUCCUGCACGGUCAUUCCGUAGGCCUAUGUACAUCUUUCCUAUUUCCUUCCCUUAAUAAACUCUUAUAGUGGGUUUUGUUGUACCUUGUGGCUCUUCUCACAUGGUAACAGCUCUCCUGGAACUCAAUUUGUAGACCAGGCUGGCCUCAAAUUUACAGAGAUUCUCCUGCCUCUGCCUCCUUAGAGCUGUUAUUAUAGGCAUGUGCCACCGCUGCCUGACCCUGAGCCCUUUAAGGCACCUUUUAAGGAAUCAAAUCACAAGUAGUUGUAAAGCAGGUUUACAGAAGCCAGGCAAUAUGAGGAAUAGUGAGGAAAUACAGAAAAAUCUCAAAACACAGAACAAACCCAAACAUCCAUCACCAUACAGUCACCAUGUGGCCACUGAUUAGGGAGAGUCAGCGUGUUCUCAAAAAUAAGACAAGGUUAAGGGUUGGGGCAGGUUCCAGAAAACAGAAAUUCAGCUCUUAAGGUAAAUAGAAAUUUAUUUUUAACAAUACAAUAUAAUGGCUUCUGCCUUCAAAAUGGAGCUAGGCAGGUUUUUUAUUGUCAAGUGACGGUGAGAAGGAUUUGUGACUUAAUGAAUUGAACUUCAUGAAUAUAGGCUCAAACUCGGAAGGUGCUGUUGCUGUGUUUGGAUGUGUGCUUCUCCAUGGCUUCAUGUGUUCAAGGCAUGGCACUCCGUGGUGGUUGUAUUGGGAGGCAGUUGGAGAUGUCCCAUCGAAGAGACCACAGGACGCUGGCCUGGGCAGCUGUGUGUUGCUGGUCGUCCACUCCUCCCCCAACACAAACACUUCUGCCAUUGCCCAGAUGUGACCAGCCCCAAAGCCAAGCUGACAUCAGCACCUUACCCUUGAGCCUCCAUAAUCUCCUAAUCCUAGCCUGGGACAGCUUCCAGGUUCUUCUGCAGCCAUCCGUCUUCUUGGACAAGAUGCUGCCAGGAGCUGCCAUGUCUCCCUAUCAAAAGCUUUUAUAUUAAAUGCCAUGUUCUCAAAUAUCUACAGGUGUUUGAGGACUGGAAGAACAAAAUCUGUUAGAUGUAUUUAAAUUAACUUUAAGAGCAUAUAUAUAUA